AUGUGCCUAUGCUACGUAUUUAAAAGCCUUGGCUAUCUAGCUCGCACUCUGCUCUCCAGGUCCGCGAAAGAGCUGCGUCUAUUGGUCUUGGGGCUCGAUAAUGCGGGCAAGACCACUUUAGUAGCACGUCUAGGUCCAAAGGCAGAGGGAGUUCGCAUCAGAUCUGUUGUGGGCGGCUCAUCGAAAGAAAUUGUAAUCAACCGGAAAAAAUUGCGCUUCUUGGACUUGAGCGGUCAGUGGGGAAGGCGUCAGAUCUGGCGCAAUUAUUACGGCUCCGCAAAUGCCUUGAUUUAUGUUAUUGAUAGCACCGAUGCACAGCGUCUGGGCGAGGCUCGCAGCGAACUAUUUGAUAUAUUGUUGGACAAACGCUUGGAAAAUACACCUCUAUUAAUUAUGUCGAAUAAACAAGAUCAGGUUGGUGCAAUGCCCACUUCAGAUGUGACGAAUUCAUUGGGUCUAACCCGCUUUGAAAGGCGCAAUUGGCUUAUACAGGACUGCUCUGCCUUAACGGGCAAUGGUGUAGAGCAAGCAAUGGACUGGAUAUAUCGAACGAUAAAAGUUGAAAGAGAACCAACUAGUGUCGAGAGCAAGCGAAUCUGGCGCGUUAGCAAGAAGCGUCGUAAAUUCAAGUAUUGGGAAGAUAGUAAUCCAUUUUAGUCUUUUGAUUUUUCAAAUAAAAUAGUAUACUUUGGCCAAACA